AUGACGGGAAAAGAGCGGAGCAGCAAGCAGUUCCUAGGCCAGGUCUGGGACGGCGUCCGCGGAGUGCUGGGCCUGAGCUCGACCAAGAAGGACAGCGACACGGCCAGCAAGCGAUCGUCCGUCACGUCUUCCCACUCGGCGUCUGCCUCCGCAUCCGCCUUCACAUCCGCACCUACCUCUGCUCCCCAGCAGCAGUACCAAUACCAGCCACCUCGGUACCAGGAAGGGGCCGACAUCGAUCGUCCGUCCCGCGAAGAGGUCCUCGCAAGCUAUCAUAGCCUCCCGAGAGAAUCCUACGACGCCGAAACACCAGGUCCAUCCCGCGGUACCAAGCGCGCCGCCAUCCCGGCCGCAGCAGCAGCAUCGGCAACAUCGACAACUACGAUGGCAGCCACAGCUGCCACAGCGGGCACGCCAGAGGCUCAGGAGGAGACGGGAGGCCUGACUGUCCAGCCCCACCGUAAGCUGCGCAAGACUUCAGCCUCCGGCUCGCGAGACAUGUCCAUACCGAAACUCCGCCGUGCGAAGAGGAGUGUUUCCGCCCAGCAGGGGCUGACCGGUCCCACCGCAUUGCGAAGGUCGAGCGCCCGCCUCGAUAAACAUGUCGCCGCGGCUACUAAGCGCGUCAUCCCACCACCUGCCCGUGUCCACGCUCCUCCACCUCAUGCUGCUGCCCGGUACCGGAAACCUGGGUAUUACCGCGGUGGAUAUCACGAGUAUGGGGAUGAUGAGGUCCCCGUCGUGGCGGUGGCGACGGCCAGACCACUCCGCGUCGUCAGGCCGGACGUCAACAGGGGAGGUGUCCCUGCCGUUCCUGACAUUCCUCCCAAGUUUGAUUUUGGCGAGGAUGAUGAGAAUCGUUCCAGAAGGGCUGCUGUUAGGGCUUGA